CUGUGUCUAUUUGUUUUGGAGUGGCAAAAUGUCUGCGUACGAUAACGUGGUGACUGGGAAGCUGAAGCUGAAAGGCAAAGCCUUGGACGUGAAAGGAGGGAUCAAAAAGAAGAAGAAACACUACAAACGCUACGAGUAUGAUCAAUCCAUUCAAGUCUCAACAGGUGGAGAUGCGAUAGAUCAAUUUGAGAAUGUUGAUGAUGACAAUGGAAAGGGUGGAGUAUUUGAUCAUAUGACACCGGCGGAGAGACGAUAUAUGGAGCAGGCAGAGAGGCUUCAAGCUCAAAGGCUGGCCAAGAUGGCCAAGAAAUCCCAUCGCGAUCGGGUUCAGGAAUUCAAUCAGUAUCUGGCUAAUCUGUCUGAGCAUUAUGACAUCCCCAAAGUCGGCCCUGGUUAAUCACCCCUUGUGCAUUUUUCGGGUUUGGCUGGAAAUUGUGGUCUGCUACUCAUAAUUGGAAGCAAGAUUUGAUUUGUGAAGAAAUCUGUAUGAGAAGUAGGGAUUUGCUUAGGAUGCUCAGAUGGUGACAUCUUUCUUUGAAAAGGAUCAUUUAUUUGCAUUACUUGGUGGCUACUUUAAUCUCCUGCUUUAUAGUUCUUUCUUCUUCUUUUUCAAAAUCCAAUCAAGAAAACAAGCUAUGAAGCUAUACCAAUUGUACAAGACCAUUAGUAACAUGCCUACAUAUUAUUACACAGCG